AACCACUAUGCGCCUGCUCACCAAAACCAAAACAACAGGCAUCUGUAGUCGCCUCGCUGCUUAUAAAAAAACGCGUUUCACUCUAACCGUCUCCACAGCGACCGAGUGCAGAGAAUAUAAUUCCCCGUGUUGGUUUUUGUGUCAAGUAGUAGUCAAUAAUUCAUUAAUGUUGAUUGAUAUCGCAGCUCCCGACUACUGCGCAUCUGGAUCGGACCGAGGCUGCGCUAACUAGCUAGCUCGCUAGCUGGCUUGCGGGUCGUCGUUGUGAGCUCGCCGGUGGCUUACUUCCACUCGCUAGUGGCUCAUUUGGGCUUAGCUUUUGCCAAGUCACUCUCGGUUCAUGGAGCAGCGGGACGAGGAUAUUGCCGGACAAUGUAAAUAGUCAUGGCGCCAGAGAGACGGGAAUUGGCAGUGCCAGCGAUGGCCUCCCCCAUCCCUGUCGUCUCCUUCCUCCUUGUGGCGCUCCUGCUGUUGGCCAAGUCGCCCCAGUGCCAGGCCGGUGACUGCAAGGGGCACCGGCAGGUUUUGAGGGGACCACCUGGCUACGUCACAGAUGGACCAGGGAACUACUCUGUCAACGGCAACUGCGAGUGGCUCAUCAGAGCGCCUAACAACAGCCAUCGCAUUGUGUUGAAUUUCACCUUCAUGAACACAGAGUGCACUUACGAUUACUUGUUUGUGUAUGACGGAGACUCCUAUCAAAGCCCCCUGCUGGCCAGCUUGAGUGGCAACACCCUGCCGCACCCCAUAGAGGCCAAGUCCGGAAAGAUGCUGCUUCAUCUCUUCAGCGACGCUAACUACAACCUCUUGGGCUUCAACGCCACCUACACCUUCUCCCUGUGUCCCGGAGCGUGCGACGGUCACGGCCGCUGCGAUCCGUCCACACACAAGUGCCAUUGUCAUCUGAGUUGGGGUGGGCCGGCUUGCGCGACGCCCCUGUGCACCCACGCUUGCUUGGCGCACGGCCAGUGUGACAAGAAAGGAGAGCGCUGCCUUUGUAACCCGGGCUUUCUGGGUCACAGUUGUCAGCUGGGUCUCCAUGAUGACAGCGGGGCGGGGCAGUGGUGGCACGUCAGCGAGGGGGACCCCUACAUGUCGCCCAGGACUGGCUCUGCUGGUGUGUACCUGGCCUCCACUGGGGCCUUGUACCUGUUUGGAGGGUUCGACCUGAACAGAGCGCUUGGUGACUUGAACAAAUACAACUUCACGUCCAACCAGUGGGAGAGAAGGUCUUACGGUCACUCACCUCUGGCCCGCCAUUCCCACACAGCUGUAGAGUGGGCGGGAAACAUGGUCAUCUUUGGUGGGGAGUUGCUUAAUGGCUCGCUGGCAGGGGAUGUCUGGAUGUACCGCCCCCUGCAGGAUGACUGGCAGCAGAUCGGCUUUUCACAAAGCGAAGGCGCCCCCAAGCUGGCCAAUCACGCAGCCGCCGUAGUGGAUAGUUACCUCUAUGUGUUUGGAGGUCGCACAGAGGAGGACAUGUUUUCCUCCUCCCUCUAUCGGUUCAGUCUGAGAGGCUCUGGGCGGUGGGAGACAAUUCAGCCCACUGGUGGGAAGCCUCCGGCCACUGCUGGUCACUCCAUGGUGUACCACAGCCCCUCUAGGACACUGCUGGUGUACGGCGGCCACAGGCCAACCACUGCAAGGUUUAGCGUGAGGGUGAAUAACACCGACGUGUUCCACGUGGACCAGCGGUUUUGGACAUUGUUCCGUUCCCGUUACCCGGCAACGGGCCCCCGAGAGCGAGCUUUCCACUCUGCCACCGUCAUUGGAAAUUACAUGGUAGUCUACGGUGGGAAUGUUCAUAUCCACUACCAAGAAGAGAAGUGCUACGACGAGGAGAUCUUCUUUUACCAUUUGGGCUGUCACCAGUGGGUGUCUGCAGGGGAAAGAUGGUCUCUCAAUGGGGAAGGUGUAAAAGGGCGCUACUCCCACGUUGCUGCUGUGAUAGAGGGACGGGUGCUGCUGGUUGCGGGGGGUUACAGUGGCGUUGCCCUUGGAGACCUGGUGGCUUUCAAAAUGCCGCUGUUUGUCAGUAGCAAAGAGGGUGAUAGGGAUGCUGUUUGUGCUGAGGCCCUGGAUGAAAGCAUGUGUCUGAAAAACCCAGAAUGCAGCUGGUGUGAAGGCCGCUGCAGAGAGUAUCAGCCCACAAAUCCGUGCGGCAGUACCGGUUGCCUGGGCCUGGCGCGCUUCCUGUCUGACUGUCAAUCGUGCCUUGUGUUCAGCGGCACCCCGCCCUCGCUGGUCCGUGCUCCCGGCGAAUUCGGCUGGUGUGUGCAGAACGAGUCCUGCCUGCCGGUGUCAGAGCGAAGUGCGUGCCGUGUGGACCAGAUCUCGGGGGCGUACGGCUGGUGGGGGGAGCGUACCCGUUUCCUAACCUCCCUCCACUCCUGUCGCACCGAGAACUUUGUCCCGGGACUGCACCUGCUCACCUUCCAGCAUCCCCGCAACGACUCCCAGCCUGACAAGGUGUCCAUUCUCCGCAGCACCACCAUCAUCCUCAGCCCGACCACCGAGAUGGAUGUGGCCCUGCAGUUCAGGGGCUUCAUCCAUCCUUUAUGGGGGGCCCCGCCACCAGUGCCCCCUCCCACCGAGACUGUCUCCAUGUGGGCUCGCAUCCAGAGACUCCACUUUGAGGCGCGAAUGGCGGCAGGCCCCAACUCGAGCCAACUGGAGGUGGUGGGUCGCUGGGCGGCUCAGCAGGAGAAAGAAUUAAAGCUGCUGGCUCGCACUGAUGGGAGCAGACUGUUCUCCAACCUCACCAGAGGUAACCACUACCUGGUCCAGGCUGAGGGCUACCUGAACAAUUCGGGCUCAGGGCAGACCAGUGAGAUGGCCCUGAUCUGGAACAGAACUCUGUCUGGAGGGAGUGAACUCUCCUUCCUGUUCCUGGAGCCCUAUCGCUCAGGCUCCUGUUCAGUGUACAUGUCCUGUCUGGCCUGUCUCUCGGACCAGUCUUGCGGCUGGUGCCCGACUCUGUCCCAAUGUCUGCUCCGGGAUGGCCCUGAACUUAAACCCUGCCCUGAAGGGGAGCCUGGAGAAGAAAAAGGGGAAGCUCAGCGCCAUCUGCUGCUAGCACCUCAACACUGCACCCUGUGUGAAGAGUACAGAGACUGCUCAGCUUGUACUCAGGACCCUUAUUGCGAGUGGCAGAUCAACUCCAGUAAGAAAGGAGACUACCAGUGCAGCAGGAGAGGAAGAUUGGACGGCUCGAUACGUCAUCCGAUGGGGUGUCCCAGAGUCUGCAACCAGCGGAUGACAUGUGGCGAGUGCCUCUCCAACUCCAGUCAGUGUGCUUGGUGUGAGUCGGCCCAGGCCUGUUUCUAUUUUGCUGCCUACCUGACUAAAUACCCAUAUGGGGAGUGCAGGGACUGGUAUGACAGUGUGCAUUCCGUUCCACAAUGCAAGCAAUGCUCGGCUUUAAACACGUGCACAGACUGCCUGCGAACGUUCCAGUGUGGCUGGUGUGGGGACUACAAUAAUCCUACAAUUGGAAAAUGUCUGAGGGGGGAUUGGGCUGGAAUAGAUGAUCCAUCUGUCUUUAACUGCAGUGUGGCUCAUAAAAAAUUUCCUGAGCCGCAGACCUCCGCACCGCCUCGACCUUUGGACAUGGAAAUGGAGCUGGAGCACAUGGAAGAUGAAGAGCAAGAUGCCGUCUGGUCCUAUCCCACCUGCCCCGAUGUGGAAGAGUGCCGCCUGGGUCUCCAUAACUGUCAUCUUUUCGCCACCUGUAUCAACACCCCCACCUCUUACGAGUGCCACUGUGAGCGAGGCUACACAGGGGAUGGCACUUUGCACUGCAAUCAGACGUGUUACAAUGAAUGCAGAGAGGGCCAGUGCAGUGGCAGCCCACGCUUCGAGUGCGAAUGCUCCCUGGGUUGGACAUCCGAUCCAGCCACCCUGGUCCUGAGCGGUGUCGAAUGUGAUGUGGACUGUGGCUGCAACUUUCACUCCACCUGUAUCACUGCACCGGGGAUCUGUGAUGAAUGCCAAGACUGGACCACAGGGCCCCACUGCGAGCACUGCCGCCCAGGGAGCUUUGGCUCAGCCCUGGCCGGCGGCGGCGGCUGCGUGUCGUGCGAGUGUAACGGCCACGGCGACCCCAUGCGGGGAUACUGCCACAACCAGACAGGACAGUGUUACUGCACACAUAACACUCAAGGGCUCCACUGUGAGUCCUGCCUUCCCGGUUACUACGGCGACCCGAGGAAUAAUGGAACGUGCUACCGGCAGUGCCAGGGUCGCUCAGUGCUGCUCUCCUCCUCCUCCAACGUCCCUCUCUCCUCUUCCCUGGGCUGGAGAAGUGGCACAGAGCGCAAAGGAGGGCUCUCUCAUUGCCUUUGGGUUCUGUCAGUGACUGAAAACUUGGGACCCUGUCUCCCCAGACAACUGUGUCCCCCUGUCGCCCUCACGCUACACCCAGACUCCCAUACCCAAUGUAAAAGCUCAUAUGUGUACGUGUUUGACGGCCUUCCUCGUUUUCUGGACAACGGCGUCGUGCAUUCAGAUCACAAUCUGAUCGGUGCGUUUUGCGGCACCACAAGGACCCAGCCUAUCACGGUGGAGGCCACGUCAGGUGUGAUCUCCGUCUACUUUGAGGCCAACGUGUCGUCCAGCAAGCCCCAAGGCUUCAACGCGUCUUUCUGGGUGCGGCGGUGUCGCCACAGCUCUAACGAGGGCGAUGAGGGGUCGCCUCCGUGUCCAGGUGGCGCCCAGUGCCAAGGCGGGCUCUGCCAGUGCCCACCAGGGUAUGUAGGACCCCACUGCGAUCGGCUCUUGUGUCCCCAGGACUGCGGCGUUGCAGAGGGAAGAGGAGCUUGUAAUAUAACCCUCGGAGUGUGUGUGUGCUCAGAGAACUGGGCAGGCUCUGACUGCUCUGUCCCCCGCGACUCCAACAGCCUUGUCUGGGAGACCCUGCUGGACACGCAACUGACAGCGAACCAGGCCCACAGGUUCCUCCACAGGAUGGGACACUCUCUGGUGUCUGGACCUCAUGGCAACCUUUGGAUGUAUGGGGGACUCUCUCUGUCAGAGGGAAUUUUAGGAAAUAUUUAUAGGUAUUCAGUCUCUGAGCGCCGCUGGACCCAAAUGUUGACGAGCUCGGCAGACGAGGGUUCCACACCUGUCCCUCGCUAUCACCACGCCGCCGCCCUGCUGACGAGUCAUGAAAUGGGGGUCAGUCACAACUGCAUGCUGGUGGUAGGCGGUGUCACGCAGCACUUAGUCGCCAUGGACACUUGGAGUCUGAACCUCAGUAGUUUAGUCUGGAGAGAACACAAGAGCCCAGUGCUGCCCCCUGUGGCGGGCCACACACUAACAGUACGGCGGGACAACUCCGUGCUCUUGAUCGGAGGUUACUCUCCGGAGAACGGCUUCAACCACCAUCUGCUCGAGUUCAGCCCUCACACUGGAAACUGGAGCGUUGCCCCUCACACCGGAACGCCACCUACAGGUUUAUACGGCCACUCGGCUGUUUACCACGAGCAGACCGACGCUGUCUACGUGUUUGGAGGUUACCGUUUUCACGUGGAGGCCGUGGAGCCCUCGGGAGAGCUUUACAGCCUGUACUACCCGAACCUCACCUGGUCUCUUCUGGUGCCCUCACAGGGUAAUAAGGUAAGAAAACCUGACCGGUCCAAGUCAUUGUGCAAGCGAUUAUUGUCAACCGCUUUCUUCUCGUUGCAGCCUUUAUCGCGUUUCUUCCACGCUGGAGCCCUGAUGAAAGACACCAUGGUCAUCGUUGGAGGACGGACCGAAGCAGAAGAUUACAGCAACUCUGUGUCCUUGUACCAGAUCAACUGUAACACCUGGAUCCAACCAGAUUCUGCCAUAGGAGACCCAGUCAACCGUUCGGUGUCUCUUGCCAUGACGAGCUUGGGAGGUAGCCUGUUCUUGUCGGGUGGCUUUAAUGGCGUCACCUUAGGGCGCCUGCUUAACUUAACAGUGCCCGCCGACCCCUGCGCCGUGAUGGCCACACCAGAGACCUGCAACACUACCACUGGGAGCUGCGUUUGGUGCAGAGGCACUUGUGCGUCUUCUGAUAGUGCUGAAAGAAUGGGCUGCUUAUCUGGCCAGUCGCCCUGUUCGCCAACCCCACGUCAGCCAGAUCAGUGCCGCAGACUUAAGACCUGCAGUGAAUGCCUCGCCCGACAUCCCAAAACAUUCUCCACGCCAUCACAGCCUGCGUUCCAAUGCAAGUGGUGCACCAACUGUCCAGAGGGGGCGUGCAUCAGCAGCUCUGUCAGCUGCACGUCCGAGCACGACUGCCGCAUCAACCAGCGAGAGAUCUUCCUCUCCAGCAACUGCACCGAAACCAGCUGCGAGGCAUCGGAUUGCCCCAAGUGUACAGCAUCUGGCAAAUGCAUGUGGACACGCCAGUUCAAGCGUACAGGCGAGACGCGGCGAAUCCUGAGCGUGAAUCCUACAUACGACUGGACCUGUUUUAGCUACGCCCUCCUUAACGUCUCACCGAUGCAGGUGGAGUCCUCGCCACCGCUGCCGUGCCCAUCUCCUUGCCACACCCUCCUUAACUGCAGCCUGUGUCUGGGGUCCAGAGGCUCUGAUGGGGGCUGGCAGCACUGUGUGUGGAGCAUGGCUCUGCAGCAGUGCAUGAGUCCGUCCUUCAUGCCGCUGCGAUGUGAAGCGGGCCAGUGUGGUCGUCUUCUCUCGGGUGGUGACUCCUGCUCUCCCCAGUGCUCCCAGCUCACCCAGUGCUCCCAGUGCAUUGCCAGACCCCAGUGUGGCUGGUGUGCUACACGGGGUGGCAAUGGGGCGGGAUACUGCCUUCAAGGAGGACUUAAUGGACUGAGUGAGGGCGUCUGUCCCCUGAGAAACAGCAGCUGGUCCUUCCUGAACUGUCCAGAGGAGGACGAAUGUGCCAAUGGCCAUCAUCACUGCAACAGCACACAGGACUGCCACGACCUUCCUCAAGGAUACCACUGCACCUGCAAACAAGGUUAUAUACUCAGCAGUGUCAGUGGUCAGUGUGAGCCAGUUUGCGCACAAGGCUGUGUGAACGGGACGUGCGUGUCCCCCGGUGUGUGCCGCUGUCACUUUGGCUUUGUGGGGGAAAACUGCUCCUCUCAGUGCAGCUGUAACAAACACAGCAAUUGCGCAAGUGUGGCAAAACCGGACGUUUGCCUCGAAUGCCACAACAACACCAUAGGCAAGCACUGCGAAAAGUGUAAACCGCUGUUUGUGGGCUCGGCCAAAGGGGGUGGCACCUGUCGACCAUGCCGAGAGUUCUGCAGGGGAAACAGCGCCCUAUGUCUGUCCCGGGAUGAACACAAGAAGGCCUUAGAGAACCCACGUCGCUUUCCCCUGGAACCGAACAGCAUUCACAACUGGGUGUCUGAGGGUCCCACAGAAGAGAACGCUGUUUGUGUGAGUUGCCAGAACAACAGCGUGGGUGACAAGUGUGAGAGCUGCCUCAGUGGUUUCUUCCUGCUGCAGGGGAAGUGUGAAAAGUGUCAGUGUAAUGGCCACGCAGACACGUGCAAUGAGCAUGACGGCACAGCGUGUCCAUGCCAGAACAACACAGAGACCUCCUCCUGUCUUAGUAGUCCUCAGAGUGACCGCAAGGACUGUUACCGACAACAGUGCGCCAAGUGCAAAGACUCUUUCAACGGCACACCGGUGAACGGGCGCCAGUGCUACCGCCAGUUCAACGUGGAUACCGAGUGCUGCUUCGACCCCACCUCCCAGACCAACUGCUUCCACGACCCCACCAUUCGCAACCUGCCCCGAGGGCGCACCGUCUUCUUCGCCGCCCAGCCGAAGUUCACCAACGUGGACAUCCGGGUCACCAUCGACGUCACCUUUGGCGAGGUGGAAGUGUACGUGUCCAACUCGCACGACACUUUCAUCGUGGAUGUGGACCGCCACACGGGCGUCCACGCCGUCUUGAUCGAGGAGGAGUCUGCGGCUCGAGGGACAGCAACGGGGGUAGACAAGGAUUCGCCCCCGUCCCCUAUCAAGGUCUUUGCCAACGCUUCAUCUGGUCUAGGUCCUGUCAUUUCCCACAAUCCAUUGCAGCUGCAAGCAAAGUCUCCAGGCUCCGAGAGGGAAAUUAGGGAGGAACGUUCUGAAGGCCUCAUUACCUACAUCACGGUGUGGAAACCGCAGACAGUCCUGAUCGUCCGCAGUGUCCGGGACCGCGUGGUCAUCACCUUCCCACACGAGGUGCACUCGCUCAAAUCCAGCCGCUUCUACAUCGCUCUCAGAGGGGUGGGGGCAGACGGCAAACAGGGCGAGUCCCAAGGCCUGCUCUUUUUGCGACAGGACCAAGCCCACAUCGAUCUGUUUGUCUUCUUCUCUGUCUUCUUCUCCUGUUUUUUCCUCUUCCUGUCUGUCUGCGUCCUUCUGUGGAAGGUCAAGCAGUUCCUGGACUUCCGGCGGGAGCAGCGCCGACACAUCCAGGAGAUGACUAAAAUGGCGUCCCGGCCCUUCGCCAAGCUCACCAUAUACUUGGAGCCGGACGAGCCACAGCUCAUCUAUCUGCCGUCAUCCGUGGGAGGGGUGGGCGGGAGCACCGUGUCGCUCGCCCACGCCCGCUCCGGCAAGUUAGGAGGAGUGAUGGUGGCUCAGAGAGGUCGCGCCGGAGCCGUGUCCUACAAACAUGACCUCGGCUCCGGGCCCACAGCCCACCACCAUCACCACCUCACCCAAGGUGGGGGCAACAACGGCCAGCACCUUCCGCUACACUACCUGAACACCCACCACUACGCCGGCACCACCGCUGGCACCCAGGCCUCGCAUCAACACCACCCGUCCACCUACAGCGGCUACCAGAACAUCUGCCGCUCCGACCCCUUUCUGUCUCAGCUCAUGGGCUUCUCCUACUCCUCCUUCAAGGUGGGGCCCAUCACCCUGGAGCCCACGGACGACGGCAUGGCUGGUGUGGCCACCGUCCUCUUUCAGCUGCCCGGGGGCGUCCUGGCUCCGAACCGUGCCUGUCUGGGCUCUGCGCUGGUUACGCUGCGGCAGAACCUGCAGGAGUACUGUGGCCACGGCAGCGGAGGUGGGCACGCAGGGGCGGGCGCCGGGCGCAAGGGGCUGAUGGGGCAUCAGCACCUGACCACUAUGGCUAUGUAGGACCCAUACUAUCUCACUGUAUACUCAGCAGAAAGGAAUUAAAUUAUUUGGCUUACAUCUUUUAUGGAAGGAGGAGCAAUGAGAGAUUUAUCGUCACCUGUGGUGAGCAAUUUGAACAAUUGUACAUACACCGUAUAAUGCUUUAUUAAGUGUCCCGUAUCAUGUAUCGCUUUACUGUACUUCAGUGUUUCAAUCGACCAAGCCAGCUGUUCUGAGAAUGCACCAAAACGACGACAUUUCUCCACAAUGACAUCACUUUUGUUCACUUUGGAGGUAUGAAGCUAGCGCUCGCUUUGGAACCAAUACUGUAUUUUCCGGAAUAUAAGUCGCACCGGCCGAAAAUGCAUUAUAAAGAAGGAAAAAAACAUAUAUAUAAGUUGCACUGGAGUAUAAGUCGCAUUUUUGGGGGAAAUGUAUUUGAUAAAACCCAACAGCAAGAAUAGACAUUUGAAAGGCAAUUUAAAAUAAAUAAAGAAUAGUGAACAACAGGCUGAAUAAGUGUACGUUAUAUGAGGCAUAAAUAACCAACUGAGAAGGUGCCUGGUAUGUUAACGUAACAUAUUAUGGUAAGAGUCAUUCAAAUAACUAUAACAUAUAGAACAUGCUAUACGUUUACCAAACAAUCUGUCACUCCUAAUCGCUAAAUCCCAUGAAAUCUUAUACGUCUAGUCUCUUACGUGAAUGAGAUCAAUAAUAUUAUUUGAUAUUUUACGCUAAUGUGUUAAUAAUUUCACACAUAAGUCGCUCCUGAGUAUAAGUCGCACCAAACUAUGAAAAAAAACUGCGACUUAUAGUCCGAAAAAUACGGUACAUGCUUUAAUACCCAAUAGUGACAAUCAAGCUUCCAAUUGAGACUAAAAUCAAUAUAAGUACAGCAUUAAGUGCAGCAAUUGUGAUUGUUACAGCUGGAAAAAUAUAUGUAAUAUGAGUUUUUUUUGUCUAUACGGCAGGCUUCCAGGAAUCAUAUUUAUGUUUGUCUUUUUGCAUUUCAUUCACCUGCUAAAUUGUUAGUGUUAUCUGCACAUCUGCCUUCAUGACUUGCCUUGUAUUUGAGUCAAUGGACUCACUCUGAAUACUGUGCUUUUUAUGUUUUGUAAAGAUAAAAAUAGUUAUUGUCGUUUCUAAAUUAAAGAGAAGUGCAUUCGUCCAUCCAAAUGAAGAAAAUUGCUCAAGUGUGAUGAUGUUUUCUGUACGUGGAAUUUAUGUCCGUCUGGCUCGUUUUUGCCGGACUGCUUUUGAUUUGUGCAAACCUGCCUGCAUAGAUGAUUGUAUUAGCUGCCGUUAAGUAAAACAACUAAAAUAAUGGCUAACAAUAAUGGAUACAGCAAGAAAUAAAAUGUGUUAUUUUGCGAGUACAGUGGAAAUAGGAUGAAUUAUCUUCGGAACUCCUCCUGGUGAGAGCGAUUGAUAGCAUUGCUAAAUGAAAUGACUGAACGACAUGUUCAAUGUUUUUUUUUUUUCAAUUGCAUGGGGCCAAUGGGCCCCUAUUUAUGUGAAACACUAACAAUCAUGUAAGACACAAUUUUUAACAACUAAGAAGGUUUAAGUUAUGAACUGAAUUACCCUGAUAUAUUUUAAGCUUACCGGUAAUUAAAUAUUUGUCUUCAUAACAACAUUACAAAAAAAGUGUUUUUUUGGUCAUGUACUGUAUCAUCCAUUUUUUUGAACAUGCUUUAUUUUUGUACAUAACUUUUCAAAGAAGGGAACAGUGUUGUACAGAAGAUGGCAUUAAGGUGAUCUGUCAUGAGUCGGGUGAAAUAAUAAAGUCUGUGAAUAUGA